AUGGCGGCUGCCGACAUCUGCCACACUCUGCUCACGGAGAGGCGACCAAGCGACGACUCCAACUCCCAAGAAUUUGCGUCAGCGCUUGGGCAGAAGUUGGCUUGGUCAGAUGCCAUCCCCGAGACUGCCACCAGUGGAUACGGGUCUUUACAGGCCGGCCUGGGCCGCGUAGGAAAUGUCCUGGGCGACACCCACAUCGAUGAAUGCAAGGAUGCAGGGUGCAUUCAAGGGCCGGUGCCCUCAGAUGUGACGAGCAGCUUGCUUAGCAGUGGGUUUGGUCCUCAUUUUACUGCGAACUUGCUGCUCACAGAAUCUGAGGCUACCACCCUUGACACCUGGAAAGCCGUCGAUGCCCCCACCACCGGGUGGCGGGACUCGCAGCAAGGUUUCGCCGUGGUCAGCAGCCUGCAGACUUUGGCAAUCAGUCUCAGCCGGUUGAGCUCCAAACCAAGCAUCUGCAAAAUCCUGGAGAACAACGAGGAGAUUGUACGGUUCGGCGGACCUUCGUCCCCGUCGGGGGUUCAUUCCUAUGCCAGGCAAUUGAAGCGAUCGGCCAUUGCCUACGGUCGGCCUGCGCUGAAGCCAAGCGAGAAGCCAGUAAACAACUCUGGCUGCGAGUCGCCCAAGGCAGUUCUGGACGUGGACCUAAGUGACUCCGAUUUCAGGCAAUCUCAGGAAGAGCCGCACACGAAGUUGAUCCACCUUGUCAGACGGCAGGUUUACGAGACGAUUGCGAAAGAGCAAUCAGCUUGCCCAGUCGUGGUCCGCUUCAGGGGUCCUCUCGCAGCACAGCAAGAAAAUAGUAAUUCGGCCGAUGAUGCUCCAACCAUCCAGAUUGAAGUGCAGAUCGAUUUGGCUGUCGAAACGGAGACUUGCCCAAGUAGUGCUGACACGGUCGCAGCCUCCCUUCGGUCCUCGCCAGAGUAUUACGACGACUCUCUGGAGCCGUCUGAACACUCGGCCAUUCAUGAACUGCAGGAUAGCACGAGCAGCACAAGACGCAACAGUGCGGAAGCACAUGAGCUGGUGAUGCAAGUCGUGGAGGGCUUGGACCGGACCGACCGGACACAUCAGGGCAGAGAUGCAGAAAUGCUGACUACGCAAAGACGAAGACCCGAGUUGCACACACAGCUGCCAUGCGCCGUCAUGGCCCAUCCCGUGGUGUCAAGCGAUGAAACUUUCCAUUGUGAGCUGCAAGAAGCCUUGGCUGGGAAUCUGACUUCCAACGAAGGUCACGUCUCUGGAAGGCCAGGAGCGCUGGCGCCCUAUGGGCCCUCCAUGCAAGGUGAGGGCCCAUGUGUGGGGCUGGGAUGGCUGCGUGCACCAGCCCAACAGACAAGUUGGCAAACGAGCUUCAUGCCGCAGAAUGCUUGGCGUUUCCCAGAGGAGGGCGGACCAAGCCAAGGUGCAGAGCGUGCGGAACUCCGCGAGCUUGAGAGCAGAGCAAUCGUCGCCGCGAGAAGAUCUCAGACUCUGGGGCCGCCUGCAGACACAGCAGCAUCCACUGCAGGCAUGGCGUCCAUGGCGGCAGCCUCCGAUCUUCUGCAGACUGCACCGAACGCUCUGCAGAAGGACUUUAUGGCAAGCGCCCUGGAGCCUCAACAACCGGAUGCGGAAACCAUGGUUUCGGUCUCCGACAGCUCCAAAGAUGUUCUAGUGAGAUUGCUGCGUCAGCUCCGGGAUUUGCGCGAGGAGACCCGCAUGCUGACAGAACCCUGGGUAAAAAGACGAAUGGAGACUGUUACCCUGCCGUCGAGCAACGGCCGAUAA